CGCUAUCCCCCCCCCUCCCUCCCUCUCUCUCUCUCUCGAUUCUCCCUCUAUUUUCUCUCUAUUCAUGAAUUCCCCGUCUUGCUCCUCCGUCAUCAUCGUCGGCGCCGGAGUCUCCGGUUUAUCGGUGGCGAAGGUGUUGAUCGAGAACGGCGUGGAGGACGUGGUGAUUCUGGAAGCUUCCGACCGUAUCGGCGGUAGGAUCCGAAAACAAGAUUUCGGCGGCGUGCCGGUGGAGCUUGGCGCCGGUUGGAUAGUCGGAGUCGGAGGCAGAGAGUUGAACCCGGUCUUGGACCUCGCCCGGAAGUCGAAUCUCCGCACUUUCUUCUCCGAUUACAGUAAUGCUCGCUAUAACAUCUACGAUCGCAGCGGGAAGAUAUUUCCUAGAGGACUGGUGGAAGAGACGUACAAGAAGGAAGUGGAGUCGGCGGUGCAGAAGUUGAAGAAGCUUGAAGCCGACUGUGGCUACGGCGGCGAUUUCUCCAAUGCCACCGAACCGCCCUCUACACAGAAAACGCCCAUAGAGCUCGCCAUUGAUUUCACCCUACACGAUUUUGAGAUGCCAGAAGUGGAGCCCAUAUCAACCUUUUUGGAUUAUGGAGAACGAGAGUUUUUGGUUGCGGAUGAGCGAGGUUAUGAGCAUUUGCUAUACAAAAUGGCUGAAGAUUUUCUUUUUAACUCUGAGGGUAAACUGCUGGACAGUCGUCUCAAGUUCAAUAAGGUUGUUCGGGAGUUGCAGCACUCGAGAAACGGCGUUACGGUAAUGACGGAAGAUGGUUGCAUCUUCCAAGCAAAUUACAUGAUUUUGUCAGUUAGCAUUGGUGUUCUCCAGAGCGACCUCAUUGCCUUCAAUCCACCCUUACCCAGGUGGAAAACAGAGGCUAUAGCGAAAUGCGAUGUGAUAGUUUACACGAAGAUCUUUUUGAAGUUCCCAUAUAAGUUCUGGCCUUGUGGACCAGGAAAAGAGUUCUUCCUCUAUGCCCAUGACAGAAGAGGCUACUACACAUUUUGGCAGCACAUGGAGAAUGCUUAUCCAGGAUCCAAUAUGUUGGUCGUGACCUUAACGAAUGAGGAAUCAAAGCGUGUGGAAGCUCAGUCUGAUGAGGAGACGUUGAAAGAAGCCAUGGGGGCUCUUACGGACAUGUUUGGGCCCAACAUUCCCGAAGCUACUGAUAUACUUGUACCUCGCUGGUGGAACAAUAGAUUCCAGCGAGGCAGCUACAGUAACUACCCUUUAGUCUCUAAUGACCAUUUUGUUCAUGACAUCAAGAACCCAGUAGGCCGCAUCUUCUUCACCGGGGAACACACAAGUGAAAAAUUUAGCGGCUAUGUCCACGGCGGACAUCUUGCAGGUAUUGAGACUGGUAAAGCGUUGUUGGAAGAAAUGGAGAAGGAGAAGGAAAGGACUAGUGAGAGUGAAAACCAAACUUUCUUGUUAGAACCCUUUCUUGCAUUGACCGGUUCAUUAAGUUUGACUCAAAACGAUGCUGUAUCGAGUCUCAAAUGCGAUAUCCCUAGAAAAUCAUAUUUAAGUGGCAAAGUUGGCAUCCCGGAGCUAUGUUAUGACUAGGUGGAAUGAACUAUACACAAAACAUUUAUUUGUGACCGAAAACAAAAAAUUGAGUGUUGAGAAAGAUCGGAAGAGGGGUUUGAAUACGAUCUCUUGUAUAAUCUUCGAUGCCGUUUACAAUGUAGAAUGAUGGGAGGGAUGACAUAGCUGGGAAAGUUGUAAGUCUGUCUGUGUAAUAGUUUGUUUGGAUAAUAUGGUAUAGGAAGUAGGGGAUAAUCAAUGGAGGUGAAAGGGUUUUGGAUUUGGAACGGAAUUGGUAUGGGAAAAUACACAUGUAAUAUUAAUUACUGAAGCUGAAGGGAGAGAAGGAGGUAGGAAUCAGGUUCUAGUUGUAAUGGUACUGAAUGUUAGUUUCACAAGAACCAACCUUUCCCUUUUUUUCUUGGCAUUUGUAUUUGUUUUGUUCAGAUUUAAUCAAUUUUCCUUCCUAUCAAA